CAUAAAAUAUCAGAGAUACUUUGAACUAAAUAGUUUCUUAAACAUCUCAACCUCUAAUCUAACGUUUACCAAUGAGUCUUUGAAGAAGUCAAAGAUUGUAAUGUGUAAUUUCGAUUAUGAAUUGUUAAAAUUCGUUUAGAUUUAACUGGCAUUAAUAAUUAUUAUUUGGCUCAAAGGGUGUCCCAGGCAAACUGGAAAAAUCAUUUUUCAGGAAGCAGCAUCUUCUAACUAUUUUGUUACACAAUACUAGACUAGGGCAAAGGCCUGAUGUUGAGUGCAGCCCCUUGGUUCAGACUUGGGUCAGUUGUAAGGUUAAAUAUUUAACUGGAGCAGAUCAUUUUUCAUUUGACCAGAGAGCUGUGAACCAGUGUGAACAUCUUCCUGUGUUUUCAGAUCGGAUCUUAAAAGACCAUCAUGCUGGGACGAUGUGUGACCACAAUGCAGCAGCUGGUGGGAAUGAAGUUAAAACCAUGCUUCAAUCUACACUGGAAACUGACAGGCUUGCAUCGUGCAGUGGGUGCAGUCCGGUGGAGGAGCAGCUGUAGACCAGCCCCUCUGUUGACAGCUGAUCCUGUUCGGGCUCUCAUAGACGAACAGAUCAGCAUUAAAGGACACUUCCUGCCCCCGAGCAGUCCAGUUACAGUUUGUGCACAAAUGCACAGUGAGGAUGGUGACCUGUGGGAGGCCUGCGCCCAUUAUAAUACAAAUGCAGAUGGCACUGUGAACUUGAGCAGGGAUCAUUCUAUUGGGGGAUCAUAUAUGGGCUGUGAGCCAAUGGGACUCUUCUGGGGACUGCAGCCGGCUCCUGGAGCACGAGAAGGUUUGAGAUUGCGGAAAAAAUAUGUGGACACUCCAUACGUGGUGCACAUUUCUGUACUGGACGGGCAUGUGUCACCCAGUGAGGCACAGGGUGCUGAGCUGGCAGCUGUAACUGCUGAGCGCUGGUACAUGGCACCAGGCGUAAGGAGAAUAGAGAUUCGUCAAAACACGCUUGUAGGGACGUUAUUCUUACCCCCUGGUCCAGGUCCCUUUCCUGCCAUGUUGGACCUUUGGGGAAUGGGUGGAGGACUGGUGGAGUACCGCUCUGCUCUGUUUGCAUCCAGAGGCUACGCCAGCUUCUCUCUUGCCUACAUAGAGCACAAAGACUUACCUGGCCCAAAGAACUGCCUCAAUGUUGAUGAUUCAUAUUUCAAGUCGGCCUUCCACCUGCUGCGAGAUCAUCCUCAGGUCUGUGCCGACAGAGUUGGGAUGAUCGGUCUGUCGUAUGGAGUCUACCUGACUCUUCGAAAUGCCACUCAGCCAGGUGUCAAACCCUCCUGUUUGAUUUGUAUCAAUGGACCAGUGGGAAGUACCAUCAAGCUCUCAGAUGCAGACGGCAGGACUGAAAACAUUGAAAGUAACAAUAAAUACUGGGAGUAUGAUGACCAAGGCCUUGUCACUUUCAAAGAAAUCUCCUCGCUUGCUAAUCUUGACCCUGAGAGCAAAGUGAAGAUCGAGAACAUCACUUGCCCAUUAAUGUACAUAGAGGGAGAAGAUGACCAGAACGCAUCAAGCACAGACAACGCAAACCUGAUCGAAGAAACCCUGAAGGCAGCAGAUAAAUCUCACCUGUUCACUCGCUUGUCGUACCCCGGUGCUGGUCACCUGAUCGAGCCGCCUUACUCGCCAAAUUCAAGAAUAUCCUUAUGGAGAGUCAAACCUGAAAAAGUGUUCACUCUGUGGGGAGGUCAUCUCGCACCCCAUGCUGCAGCACAAGAAGACUCCUGGAAGAAGAUGUUAGAUUUUAUGGAAAACCAUCUGAGACGGUGAAUCUUUGGUGCAGUGGACUUUUGAGAUAGGAACUCACUAUGUGUGACUGUGAAAAUGCUGCAUUUAUCAGAGAGAGAGUUUUACAAUCCAGAAACUGGAUUGUAAAACGUGUUCACUUCAUCCUUCAGGUCGAGCGCUUUACAUUGAGCGGAGUGAAGAGUGGCAACAGGGAGGAAGAGUUAAGUCCCUGUCAGAGUAGUUCAGCUCAUGAGAAGGAGAGACCACUUAUACAGUUACACUUCCUAGGUACUGUUGAUGCAGCUGUAUUAAAUGUAUUACUUGACUAUCAAUGUCACACAUGACAAUGCUACAAACUGCUGAGCUAAAAUUUAGAUAGACAGAUAGAUAGAUAGACAUACACACAUAUAAAUAGAUAGGAAUAGAAUAGCUGAGGUAAGUGUAUUUAAAAAAGGUGAAAACAACUUAAAAUACAUGACUACAGGCAAAAUCCAAUAAAGAUAAAUGUAGGCAGUAAUGGUGACAUAUAACUAAUGGCCUGUGGGAUGCUAACCCUGUAUAUAAGUGAAAAUUGCUGACGUUGUUGUUGGCCUGGCUCAGUGGAAACCGAUUGCAAAACAAAUACAUUGAGAGACUGAACUGAAUAGAAUAGAACUUCUUACUUUUAUUAUAUAUUUUUUAUAUAUUUGACAAUCAUACCUGAAGAACACAAAUGCAUGAGUCUACUACACAAAAAUUACUGUCAGGAGUUGUACAAGUGUACAAAGUACCUUAAGAACAGAACUGAAGAAACCUCUUGGAUGAGAGGUGAGACAUCUUUGAGAAACUUGAGCGUGUGCCGGUUGACUAUGUACACUUACAACUCCUGAAAACACAAUGACCUGUGUGACAGAGUCCUCAGAUAUACACAGCAGCCACGUCCAUUAAAUAGCAUCUGCAGUGCAGCCACAGAUAAGGAUAGUAACAUAAUAGCUGUCACACUUAAAAUAUAUGGAAAAGACCAUUGCAGAAUUAUGUGACUGAAACUAAUAUAUUUGUAAAGAUGUGCUAUUGGAUUGCAGCAUAGAUUUGCAUACACUAUAUUUUCUACUUUUCUCUAUUUUACCAUAGAGAGUCGUUUAAUAAGUCGUUUAUACAGAAAAAACAAAUGUAGCAACAACCUGCCUCCAAGUCAAAAUCUACUCAGACGUCAUCUUAAUGGGCAUUAAUCAUUCACUCCCUCUUAAAGAAUACAGACACUGUUCCUAUCUACCUCAUCGUGUUUAUUAGUGAACAUGCUAAUCAGUCAUGAGGACUUGGGAUGAAGAGCUCAUGGCAUGCCGAGGUCACCAUGGAGAUGAGGGUGAUGAACUCUUUGAAGUCGAUCUCCAGGUCUCCGUUCUGGUCGAGGUCCGCAAAGAGCUCGUCUAGGGUCUCAUUCUCAUGGAUUUUCUGUUGAGCAGAAAAACCGAAUCAAAGUUAAUCCUAAAACUCUGCCAGACAGUGACGUUAUAAGGCAGAAAUGACAUUCAUUUCGCACCAGGGAACUAAAAGGGAUAGAUUUAAUAAAAGAUUUACAGUUUGAGCUGAGACUGGCAGUAGAGGAAUGUUGUAAGUUAUUUCUCUGCACAUUUACCUCAUCUCACAUUUCACAUCUCACAGUUUGAUAAAAGUGUGUCACUCUGACAACCAACCAACCAAAAUCAAAGUCAGUCAUCAAUAGAAUUCCAGCAUAGCUUUUGUCAACGUAUACAAGUAUCUUAAAUCAUAUGCACAUACUCUCCAAAUAGUCAUAAACAGCCUGAGUGUUUAAGUUGUUGAGAGUAAUAUCAAUUCUUAUGUAAUACAGUGCUGUCAAAAACAGGCCAGUUAUUAUGAAUCCAUAACGUACCAAUAUGAAAUGACUCAUCUCAUUGUUGAUGAGUGCUUUUAGCUCUGCUUUUCUCAGGUUGCACUUGUCACCCGAGUAUUUGUGGAACACUCGGAUGAUGCUGGCCAUGCUACUCUCCAGCUCUGACAUGGUCUCCUUGGAAUCCUGCAACACAAACAACGUGACACAGCCGAGUAUUUUACUCUCACUUGAAGAUGUCAUAUGAGAGAUGAUUCAAUUUGAGUUUGUUUUGUGCAUAAAAUGCAUUGCAGCAUUUGUAUUAGUAACAUAUCGUUAUCUAUAAACUAUUACCAAUGAAUGUAUGACAAUAAAGAUCGAGUCUUUCUUACCUGCA